AUGGCUUAUUCAUCCAUUACCAUCAUUUCAGUGCCGUACCACGUUGGCAUGUACGGCGAAAGGGUGGGAGAGGGCCCUUUGCGACUCCUCCGUCAUGGGCUAGACCAACAAGUCGCCAAAAUUGCGCCAACACACUACAGCGACAUCAGCCACGUCGACGACUUUGAAGGCGAGAUUGGCAAGACCUUUGAAGUCAUCCGCCGCGUCUCCAAGGCAGUAUCUCAAGCUGUGGCUGCCAACUCUUUCCCGCUGAUUCUUGCCGGGAACUGCAACGCCAGCGUCGCGGCCGCUGCGGGACUCAGCUCGUCUCACCCGGAUCUAGGCGUGAUUUGGCUCGACGCCCAUGACGACUUGGAGACGCCAUCGACACAUGAAAAUGGAUAUCUGGAUGGCAUGGCGGCAUCCAUCAUGACGGGCAGCAGCUGGCACAAGCUGGCGAGCACGGUUCCAGGACAUGUUCCACUGGCGCUGAAAAAUGUCGUGUACGGAGGCUUGCGCGUUGUCGCGAGCGACCAGCAGCGUGUCAUCCAAGAAGCAGGUGUCGAUGCGGUCUGGGGAAGUGCAACAAAAAUGGUCGAUUUCGAAGCAGAGCUGUGCGCACUGCUGCAGCGCCGAAAAUUAGGCAGUGCGCAUGUUCACCUCGAUCUCGACGUCCUUGACGAGUCUCUCGGUCGAGUAAAUGAAUAUCCUUCUGCUGGUGGCUUUCUCGCGGAAGACUUAAAAAAGGUCAUGGCAAUGAUUCCGACUCAGGUUCAACCUACUUCUCUGGUGAUUUGCGGCUUCAACCCGCGUUUGGAGGGCGGAAACACGAUUGCUAGGCUUGCCGUCGAAGCUGCGCGCUGCUUCGUCUCAAGCUUGGAAAAGAAUGGGCAUUUGGUGCCAAACCUUGGCAAUUAA